CCUGCCCGGGAGCCCCAGGGCCAUGGCCAAGGGCGAGGGGGCUGAGAGCGCCUCGGCUACGGGCCUGCUGUCCCCGGGCAUCCUCAAACCGCAGGAGAGGUGUCUGCCCAAGAAGGAGGGGAAACAGAAGCUGUCCAUCUGCAACAAGCUGUGCUAUGCCGUGGGUGGUGCCCCCUACCAGAUCACCGGCUGCGCCCUGGGCUUCUUUCUCCAGAUCUACCUGCUGGACGUCGCCCAGGUGGACCCCUUCUACGCCUCUAUCAUCCUAUUUUUCGGCCGGGCCUGGGACGCCGUCACGGACCCCAUGGUGGGCUUCUUCAUCAGCAAGUCCCACUGGAACCGCCUGGGUCGCCUCAUGCCCUGGAUCAUCUUCUCCACCCCGUUCGCCAUGAUCACCUACUUCCUCAUCUGGUUCGUGCCGGAUUUCUCCACGGGGCAGGUGAUUUGGUACCUCAUCUUCUACUGCCUGUUCGAGACCCUGGUCACGUGCUUCCACGUCCCGUACUCAGCCCUGACCAUGUUCAUCAGCACGGAGCAGAGCGAGCGAGACUCGGCCACCGCUUACCGAAUGACGGUGGAGGUGUUGGGCACCGUGCUGGGCACUGCCAUCCAGGGGCAGAUCGUGGGCCAGGUGGACACUCCCUGCCUCCCGAAUACCAUCCUCAACACCGUCAGUAGCAACACCUCGGGGGCCACGAAGGACGUGAACAGGACGCACGACUCCGGCUCGCUCACCAGCACGAAGAACGCGUACAUGAUCGCGGCCGGGGUCAUCGUGGCUAUCUACAUCCUCUGCGCUGUCAUCCUCUUUCUGGGCGUGAAGGAGCAGCGGGAACCCUGUGACUCCCAGACGGACAAGCCCGUCUCCUUUUGGAAGGGGCUCAAACUGGUCAUGAGCCACGGUCCCUACAUCAAGCUGAUUGCCGGCUUCCUCUUCACCUCCCUGGCCUUCAUGCUGGUGGAAGGGAAUUUUGCCUUGUUCUGCACCUACACGCUGGGCUUCCGCAACGAGUUCCAGAAUCUGCUCCUGGCCAUCAUGGUCUCCGCCACCCUCACCAUUCCCAUCUGGCAGUGGUUCCUGACCCAGUUUGGGAAGAAAACCGCCGUGUACGUCGGGAUCUCGUCCGCCGUGCCCUUCCUUGUCCUGGUGGCCGUCCUGGAGAGCAACUUGAUUGUCACCUACGUGGUGGCGGUGGCCGCGGGCAUCAGUGUGGCGGCUGCCUUCCUCCUGCCCUGGUCCAUGCUCCCUGAUGUGAUCGAUGACUUCAACCUGACGCACCCCAAAUCACGGGGCCACGAGGCCAUCUUCUUCUCCUUCUACGUCUUCUUCACCAAGUUCGCCUCGGGCAUCUCCCUGGGCAUCUCCACGCUGAGCCUCGAGUUCGCCGGCUACGAGACCCGCGGCUGCUCCCAGCCCGAAGCGGUGAAGAUGACCCUGAAGGCCCUGGUCACGGCGGCCCCCAUCGUCCUCAUCUUCCUGGGGCUGUUCCUUUUCAAGCUGUACCCCAUCAACGAGGAGAAGCGGAGAGAGAACAAGAAAGCCAUGCAGCGGGACGAGAGCAGUUCCAGUUCGGACUCCGACUCCACAGAGCUGGCCAGCAUCCUGUGAGAGCGGAGGGCCCGGAGUCCCGAGCAGGACCACGAUGGCCGGCGCCAGCCCGGAGCAUCCCGGCUCGUCGAGGGACGGGAGACGGGGUGGACCGCGGGCCCGGGGGGCCGACCCCGGGCGCCGGGAGUAGUGUACAUUACACGAGACCUACCGAGCGAGCACCGUUGCGACCAUCCCCUGGUCGGACGACGAGGGCCGGGCCCGGCGCGUCCCGACGGGGCCGGCGCCGACACUGUGAAUACGCUGCGAUCUCUGCCCCCUCUCCACCGCGGGGCGGGCGGGGGACGCGACACUAAUGUAGAGAAACGUUUUCUAAGACUAAUUAAUAACUUAAUGACGCUGUACAGAUGAAAUAUUUUCCUAUUUGGGUAUACAACUGUUCGGAAAGCAAACCCGCGGUGCUGUGAACGUUAUUAAUUGGAGGGGCGGGGGCGAGGAAAAAGGGAAGCGGGUUGUCGAAAACCCUCGCCGUGGGUUUGUGCGUGCGAGGCUGUGACUAAAGAUGGGGGGAUCGGUGACUAAGAACGUGCGCGCGAUCUUCGGACGGUGAGUGAUUUGGACGGAAGCCGAGCAUGCGGGUAAGCAGGCGGGCGCGCAUGUGGCACUGAAAUCCCCUGGGGAGGGGAGCACGUGUCAGUCGGUCAUAUUUAUUGAGCGCUUCCUGGGUCCAGAGCGCUUGGAAGAG